AGCUGCAAUACAAGAAAAUGUCUGGACGUGGAAAAGGUGCCGGCAAGACCAGAGCAAAGGCAAAGACCCGCUCCUCCCGGGCGGGGCUCCAGUUCCCGGUCGGUCGUGUCCACAGGCUGUUGAGAAAAGGCCACUAUGCGGAGCGUGUGGGUGCCGGCGCCCCCGUCUACCUGGCGGCUGUGCUGGAGUAUCUGACCGCUGAGAUCCUGGAGCUGGCUGGAAACGCUGCCCGCGACAACAAGAAGACCCGUAUCAUCCCUCGUCACCUGCAGCUGGCUGUCCGCAACGACGAGGAGCUCAACAAGCUGCUGGGUGGAGUCACCAUUGCUCAGGGUGGCGUGCUGCCCAACAUCCAGGCUGUGCUGUUGCCAAAGAAGACCGAGAAGCCCGCUAAGUCCAAAUAAACCGUUCGCAUUUUGCA